AACGGUUGCUGGGUGGCGCAACGGACGCUAUUCACCCGAACACCAAACGCACGUGUUGUGUCCGCGCUUCUUUAACUCCCUGCCCUACAGAGAAACUACCUAGCCUGUGUUUUUUUUUAAUUCGCGUUUGUUUUGCUCCUCCAUCCACCGUGAUUUUUCUUUAACAACCUCGGUGGAGUCUGUUGUGCUCUGUUAGAAACUACGAUAAGGUAAUCAGAGGAGAGCGGCCUGGGCGUGAACCCGGAGAGAGGGACCUGGACUGGGGUCCAGGGCCGGUGUAGCGUGACUGCGCUUUGGAACCGGGAGGAGCCGUACUGAAGCUGGACUGCCCUCGGUUAUUGCAUCAGCAACCCUACAUACUAAUAAUACAAAAAGUCCCAUGAUGGAGUUCCAGGCUGUGGUGAUGGCAGCUGCUGGGGGCUCCCGCAUGAUGGAUCUAACUUCCAGUAUCUCAAAGCCCCUUCUACCAGUUGGAAACAAACCACUGAUAUGGUAUCCUCUAAACCUUUUGGAAAGACUUGGGUUUGAAGAAGUAAUAGUGGUCACAACAAAAGAUGUCCAAAAAUAUCAACAAUUGGACACAAAGAUGAAAUUGGAUAUGGUGUAUAUUCCUGAGGACACUGAUAUGGGAACGGCAGAUUCCUUACGACAGAUACAUGGAAAAAUUAAGACAGAUGUGUUGGUGGUCAGUUGUGACCUAAUUACUGAUGCAGCUGUGCAUGAGGUGAUUGACUUGUUCCGGGCACAUGACGCCACAGUAUCAAUGUUGAUGUGCAAAAUGCAUGACUGUACUGAACCUGUGCCUGGCCAGAAAGGGAAAAAUAAAGCAGUGGAACAAAGGGACUUUGUUGGAGUUGAUGACACAUUUAAACGUCUGCUUUUCAUGGCCAACGAAGCUGAUUUGGAAGAUGAGCUUGUCAUUAGGAAGUCCUUGAUGCAGAAAUAUCCGAGGAUGCACAUAAAAACCUCACUCGUGGAUGCCCAUCUGUAUUGCAUGAAGAAAUGGAUUCUGGAUUUCCUUGUAGAAAACAAGUCUUUCACAUCAAUCCGUGGUGAAUUGAUUCCGUAUCUAGUCCAAAAGCAGUUUGUUUCGCCUAAUUCUGCUCAGCUUUCUAAAGAUAAUAUAAAUGAAGAUCAGAAGAAAACCUCAAAGCCUGCAGAUAUAUUCAGUUACACAAAAGAGGAUGAUCUUCUGAAUUUAGCCAGGGAAAAAUCAUUUUGGAAUGAUCAUCAUGGAGAUAUGAGUGAUCCAUAUCAUGGAACGAAACUUCGCUGCUAUGUCCAUAUUAUGGAAGAAGGGAUGUGUUAUCGUGUAAACACACUACCUUCAUAUAUUGAAGCCAACCGACAGGCUCCUAAGUUCUUAACUGCUUUAUCCCAAGAAGAAUCACUAAUACACCCUUGGGCACAAGUUACUGAUACGUAUAUGGUUGGGUCUGACUGUAUGAUUGGCAGUUCGACUGAAGUAGCAGAGAAGUCUUCUAUCAAGCGGUCAAUCAUUGGGGCCUCAUGCACAAUCAAAGAGAAGGUUAAAAUUGCCAAUUCAGUGAUCAUGGAUAAUGUCACAAUUGAAGAAGGGUGCUGCAUACAGGGCAGUGUUAUUUGCAGUAGAGCAGUCAUUAAAAAAGGGGCUGAUCUCAAGGAUUGUCUGUUGGGAACUGGACAACGUGUUGAUGCUAAGACAAAGCAUGUGAAUGCAGUAAUUGUGGGCAAUGAUCGCUUGAUGGAGAUAUGAAAAUGUUGCUGACAUUCUGGAUCUGCCGUAUUUGUUGUUCAUCUGGACAUCAAACGUGGACUGCCAUGAGACAAGCUAUAUAGGAAUGAGCAGUGGGUUUGAAUUGGUUCUGCUCCUUUGAGGGCUAAAUUUUAUUGUUCCAAAUACUAAUUUAUAUUUCUAGAAAAUUCCACAAUUGAAAUAACUCUAACUAAUCAGAGUUCACAAAAAAAAUUGCAGCUUCUCUGUACUUAUAUUUUUCAUAAGGUGGGGCAUGUAUGAGAAUAUCAUACUUGUUAUGAUUAUGUCCUUUUUUGGCUCAUACUUUGAUGAGCAUAAAUUAUAUAAAUAUAUUGAUCUUGGAGGACAUUGUGAGAAAUGAAGGCAAUAGUCAUAUUUAAUGUAAUUUGAUGGGGAACGAUGGGGUUGAAGUUUACAUGUUAUAACCAAAGAAGGGAUUGAAAAGAAGCAAACCAUAUAUGGAAAACAUGAAAAUCAGCUUUUGAAUGAUCUGAUUCAUCAGGUACCAAUUUCAAAAUGCUUUUGCCAUUGAUGAGAGUGGAUGGAUAAUUUAACUUCCUCUCAACUAGAAAAUGCUACCAAGAAUUUAUAAAAAUCAUUAUGAAGCAAAUUAAGGGAGACUUUCAGACAUCUAACCUGAAUGAAAUUUCUAAAUUUGGGACCAUUUGAGUUUUAAACUUCUCACAGACUGUGCUGUACUGUACUAACUAGCGAGGGUUAUGCUUAAUACGGCAGUGGUACAGGGACUCUUUCACUUCCUGAAGUUCUACCUCUCUACCACUGCGUGUUUUCCAGUUGCUUAACCCCCACCCAAGAGUCAGUGGGGGCCUUGUCUACUGAGUGUAAAUAAGCUUGAAUGUUAAAACAAUGCCCCCAUAUGAACGAGGAAAACUAACACAGAGACUUAACUGUUAGAGAUGUCAGUUUUGUUAACAUUCAGGUGUGAAAGUGAGUGAUGAUUCAGUGAUGGAUUUUCUGAAUUGGCAUAUAUUUAUUCAUGUUAUAAUUUGUUUAAUCUCACCCAGACAGCCAUAUGGAUUCAGAUGUAAUAUUUAUUUAAAUAGGUUGGUGUUGCAGUAAAUAGCUGCCUCUUAAAGAAGCCUACAAAAUCCCAACCUAUUGCUCUUUCCAAAAGACAGCAAUAUAGGUCCUUCAAUGAACCUGUCGGGUUCCUUCAACAUGUCUGCAUUUAACCCAAUAAAAUGAAGAUCUGUUACCA